AGAGACAAGAAACAUCAUAUAUAUCUUGACAAUUCACACACUUUAACUCUGCAUUAUUUUUGGAUGCUUAAAGGGCGAAACUUAUAUACUAUGCGUCUAUGUACUCUGUCCAGAAGUGAAUUUUCUGCGUUCUAAUACUGUGAUAGUUAACUUAAACCAUAGUCACGAAACCAUUUGUCUUAUUACAAGGUUAUACACAUUCUAUUCUGAUGACUCUAUGGAUACAUAGCCUUUUCUUCUUAUCUUCCAUAACUGCUGUUCCAUCACGCCGUCUAGGCCAUGCUAUAGCGCCAUUUUAUACCGGAUUUCUGAAACCACAGGGUGCAAGUAAAACAGACACAAUGAUAGGUACUACAAUUCCUGAUAAUGUUCUUGAGGCUAAACUUCUUACUGAUGGAAAUGAAGAAACAUCACUUCGCAGAAUCCUUAAUAAUUUGCCGACUGAUUACAAAGGUAUAGUCAUGUUUUUAUUUCCAGCGGUGAAUACACCACUAUGUACGAAACAAGCGUGUAAAUUCUCUGCGUCUUCAUCAUCACUCAAGGAUUUGGGUUACGAAGUUUACGGAUUGACAGGUUCUGAAGUUAAAUCCGCAAAGGCAUGGACCACAAAGCACAAUUUGCAAUACAAAGUACUGUUUGACCCUAAGUGGAGUUUGGUAAAGUACUUAGAAUGCACAUGGUUGCAUUUUUUCAUAAAUAGAUCUCAUGUUGUAAUUAGUAAUGAUGGCCGCAUUUUAGCUCUUGAACGUGGCGUCGACGCGAAUAAUUCGGCUGAUAGAGUAUUAGAGAUUGUAAAAUCAUUAAAUACAACUGCUUGAUGGAUUUAUAUGAAACAUAUUUAAAAAUUAGCCACCAUAG